AUGAAACGACCCUCUUUGAAUUUUGGCUAUACUACAGCACCAGGACCCACCGGCCAAUCUGCUCCCUGCUGCAAAUUCCUCUCAUUUAGUUCCUUCUGUGUUCGUUGCUCUUCUUUGUAUCACUGUGGAUGGGUGUACGAAAUAGAAAUGCCUAAGAAUCUAGUUUGGGCUUUUCUUGUGUUGGUGGUUGAUUUUGGUGGAUGGUUCUCCGAAGGGCUUGAGAAUACCAAUGUUUCUACAAGACCAGAUGUCGUACAUAUUGCAUCUAUCUUGACAUUUGAUUCAAUCAUUGGAAAAGUGGCAAAAAUCGCUUUACAAGCUGCAAUUGAAGAUGUGAAUUCUGAUCCCACUAUUCUUAAUGGAACCAAGCUGAAAUUAAAUCUUCAUGAUGCGAAUUACAGUGGAUUUCUGAGUAUAAUGGAGGCUUUACAAGUCAUGGAGACAGAAACUGUGGCUUUAAUAGGCCCCCAAAGUUCAGUCAUAGCUCAUAUGGUAUCACAAGUGGCAAGUGAGCUCCAAGUUCCUCUAUUGUCUUACACAGCCACUGAUCCUACAUUAUCUUCCCUUCAGUAUCCUUUCUUUGUGCGCACAACUCACAGUGAUCUUUAUCAAAUGGCUGCCAUAGCAGACAUAAUCAAGUACUAUGAAUGGAAAAAAGUAACAGCAAUUUACGUAGAUGAUGAUCUUGGAAGAAAUGGAAUAAUAUCAUUAGGAGAUCAAUUAGCAUCUAGAGGAUCUCAGAUCUCCCAUAAAGCACCUAUUAAGCCACUAGCAACAAGAACAGACAUAAGCGAUGUGUUGGUUAAAGUUGCUUUAAUGGAGUCAAGAAUUCUUGUUGUCCACACGUAUGCAGAUAGGGGAUUGGAUAUACUUGACGUGGCUAAACACCUUGGCAUGUUGGAUAGUGGGUAUGUUUGGAUCGCUACUAAUUGGCUCUCAACAGUCAUAGACACUACCUCCUCAUCACUAUCUCUCAAGACAAUUGAUGUUAUGCAAGGGUUUAUCACAUUAAAAGCAUACACAAAAGAUUCAAACCUUACAAGAAAGUUUGCUUCUGAGUGGAAAAACUUGACAACGUUUGGUUUGAAUACUUACUGUUUAUACGCAUACGACACUGUUUGGCUGCUUGCUCGUGCGCUUGACACUUUCUUUGAUAAAGGUGGAAACAUUUCAUUCUCAAAAGAUCCCAAGUUACAAGGGUUACGAGGAGAAAUCUUGAAUUAUGGUUCUUUGAGUAUCUUCAAUGAAGGGAAUUUGCUGCUUCAUGACAUCUUAGAUGUCAAAAUGGAAGGAUUAACAGGACUUAUCGAGUUUACUUCUGAUAAAAACCUUGUUUUUCCUGCAUUCGAAGUUAUUAAUGUGGUUGGCACUGGUGUUAGGAGGAUCGGGUAUUGGUCAAAUUCUUCGGGUUUGUCAACUAUUCGUCCAGAUAAAGUCAACACAAAGCAAUCUGAUCAUCAAUCAAGUUCUUCUGAGCUAUUGCACGCAGUGAUUUGGCCUGGUUUAACAGUCCAAAAACCACGUGGAUGGGUUUUCCCAGAUAACGGAAAGCAGAUGAAAAUCGGUGUUCCACAUCGUGUCAGUUUUCAGGAAUUUGUGGGAAAAGCAAGACACAGUGAUUCAUUCAAAGGAUACUGCAUUGAUGUGUUUACAUCUGCUACAAAGUUACUUCCGUACGCUUUGCCAUAUAAGUUUCUAUCAUAUGGAGAUGGAGUUAGGAACCCAAGUAACACCAAGCUUGUGAACUUGAUACACGAUGGUGUUUAUGAUGCUGUGGUGGGCGACAUAGUUAUCACUACAAAUCGGACACGACUCGCAGAUUUUACACAACCAUUUAUCGAAUCUGGGCUUGUUGUGGUUGUGCCCAUUAGGAGGUCGGGCUCUAGUACAUGGGCUUUUCUUAGACCAUUCUCUCCUUUAAUGUGGACUAUUUCAGUAAUCUUUUUCUUAAUUGUGGGAGCUGUUGUAUGGAUUCUAGAACAUCGUGUAAACGACGAAUUUCGUGGUCCUCCAAGACAACAGUUUGUCACAGUUCUAUGGUUUAGCUUUUCAACGCUGUUUUCCUCCCACAGAGAAAACACGCUCAGCACUCUUGGUCGUAUGGUUGUACUCUUAUGGUUAUUUGUGGUUCUCAUAAUAAACUCGAGUUAUACAGCUAGUUUGACCUCAAUAUUAACAGUUCAGAAGCUUUCCACGCCUAUUACAGGAAUCGAAAGCUUAAUACAAAGCAGAGAGCCCAUUGGGUACCAAGAGAAUACGUUUGUGAGUGAUUAUCUUGUAGGCGAACUUGGUAUUCAGGCUUCUCGGCUGAUUCCUCUUUCAUUGCCUGAAGAAUAUGAAAAAGCGCUAAUAGAUGGUCCCCACAACGGUGGUGUUGCUGCAAUAGUCGAUCAACGCUCAUACAUUGAACUCUUCCUUUCAACCCGUUGUGAAUACAGCAUCGUUGGUCAAGAGUUUACCAAAACUGGAUGGGGAUUCGCCUUUCCACGAGACUCUCCUCUAGCAGCAGAUAUGUCCACGGCUAUUCUAGAACUAUCAGAAAACGGUGAACUAGAAAGGAUCCAUGACAAGUGGUUGAUGAGAAGUGCAUGCAGCUCACAGGGAACAAAGUUUGAAGUAGAGCAGCUGGAACUAACGAGCUUUAAAGGCCUCUUCAUUAUAUGUGGAAUAGUUUGUUUGCUUGCUCUCAUCAUAUACUUUGCACAAAUAAUCCACCAAUUUAUCAAACACUAUCCAACUCUUUCUGAGUCUAGCGGGAGAAGUCUUCAAUCUGGACGCCUUCAAACGUUCAUUUCAUUUGUUGAUGAAAGAAAAGAGACAGUAACAACACAUUCCAAGAGAAAACAUUUCGAGGGAAGUUCAAGUGGGAUGAAUGCAAAUGAUGAAUCGAUUUAUAGCAAUAAAAUUAGUAGGAGAGAUUUGUCAUUAAACAGCUCGUAAUGAUGAAACUCAUCGAUCAUUGUAGUCGUUGUGAAGAUGCUUUUUGUGACGAAGUAAUCCGUCAAGAAAGGGUAUCUUGUCGCUUGUUUUCCAUCUUUUCAAUCUAAUUUGUAAUAUUUUGUUCCGGGCAUUUUUAGAUUUAGCCAUAGCAAAUAGCAAGUUAAGUGGGUACAGAUUUAGCUGAGGAUAAGC